UGGCCAAGGACAACUAACUCUCUCUUCUGUCUCUUGCCAUCUCCCCAUUCCGCGUAUGUCGGAAAAGCACAGCUCCUGCGGGAAUUUUGCUUCAAAAACCCUUCCAGCAAAAGCAACGUUUCUUCCAGCAUCAAUUAACUCUCUUUUGGAUUAAAACUCGAAUCAAGGUAGAGCGGAAGAAAAGAAAAAAAUGUGUGACUAAUCUGUUUUUUCUUCUUCUUUUUUUUAUCCAAGCCGUGCUUCUUCCAGGCUUUUGAGAUACUAUCGGGCGGAAAAAAAAAGUUGAUGGUCGUAACAUCUUAAUAGGUUUCUUGAUGAUGUGGGGAAUUUAUUUAUUCAUAAUCUAAAGCAAUUUGCAUGAAGAAGACGAAAAAGAAGAUUGAAUGUUCUUUUGGAUACCUUCAGUGCUCGUAAAGGAAAUAUAGAAUUGCUGAUAAGUAUGAUUUCAUGUGGUUGGUAAUCAGAUAUUACUUUUUCUUUGUUAUUUUCCCAAGUAUUAAUUAAAAUUUUGUGGAAACUUUAUAUUCCAAUUAAUUAUUCAAAUUAUAUUAUUCUUAAAUCCUUUAAGAGUGGAUAUUAAUUAUUUAAUUUAGAUCGGUUUAUUUUGAGGUCACCUCAGCUGGAAAAUAAGCAAACGAUUAGAAACUAAACUACUGUUUGACUGUUAAUAAAUAAAUAGCAGGACUUGAAAUUUAUAUGUGACAUUUUUUAUGAACAAGUAAGAUAUAUUAGAAAAUAUUCUAUCUGAAUAACUUCUAUCGAAUUUUAACUUCUGCUUAGUUAAAUUUAAUCCUUUACAUUUCAAAUUAAUAAAAACAAUCCUCAAGUAUUCGGUUUAACUGAGACCUUCAUGUCUUUAAUUCUAAAUAUAAUCCGAGAAAAUGAAGAGAAAGAAUAAAAAUGAAAAUUUUUAUCAAGGACAUGGAUUAAAACUAGUCUUCGAAGAUGUAUCUGAAAUUGUUACUUAGAAAAAUGAAACCAUUUAUUACAAACUAUUUCCACAGUGACAUUUUUAUAGAGACUUUGAUAAAGUAAUUCGUGUAUUCGUUCGUGUUCUGAGGAUCGAACUUGAUCCUAUUUCAAUAAAUAUAUUGUGUUUAAAAACUUUUACAUGUGGAUUCUGUGAGAUAAAACUCUAUCAAAGAAAGACUUCACACAAAAUUUAAAAAUGGUGGAGGCUUAUCCGAACUCGGUGCCUUGACCUCUCCAUUCUUCCCCCAGAAACACGUCAGUGGUAUUAGGUGUGUUCUUUCGAAUCCUUUUUCGACUGACGAAGUCUAGUCACAGAUAAACAGAAAUUUCUGGUGAUCCAACAGCAAAGAGAAGACAAACUUCUGGGAACGACGGAACCCAGCAAAGUUGAGCAGCCGCCCCAGAGUGCCGGAGGAAGCGCCGAAAAGCCAGAAGUCGAGUCAUCUUCGGACGAGAUGACUGUCAGUUACCAGUACGAUGUGGCUUCUUCCGCCUCUGGGGGCUUCAUUCGACUGCUCUUCCGCUGGAGGGGCAGUGUCUGGAAGGUGGUGUACAGGGAGAUGCUCUUGUUCUGUGCCUGUUAUAUCAUUCUUUCCCUGCUCUAUAAUUUUGCUCUCACAGAUGGCCAACAAAGGAUUUUUGAAAGGAUUGUAUAUUUCUGCUCAACAUUCAUGGAUCUCAUUCCCCUGUCCUUUAUGCUCGGCUUCUACGUGUCCUUUAUCGCAGCCAGAUGGUGGAGCCAGUUUAUAGCCAUUCCAUGGCCAGAUAAGCUGAUGAAUAUAGUUGCAAUGUACAUUCCUGGAUUGGAUGAAUCCAGCCGAGUGGUACGAAGAACUUUAAUGCGAUAUUUGAAUCUGUCUUUGGUCCUUGUACUGAGAUCGAUCAGUAUGGCUGUAAAGAGAAGAUUUCCGACGAAAGAGCAUCUUAUUGAAGCCGGUUUCAUGACGAAAACGGAGUUGGAGAUGUUCCAAAGUGUUCCAUCUACGGAGUUCAACACGUUUUGGAUUCCAUGCACGUGGUUUAUCAACGUACUCCGGGAAGCCAGACAAGAGUGCCGAAUAACGGAUUCCAAUGGACUGAAGUUGAUCAUGGAGGAAUUAAAUGAAUUUAGAUCUAAAUGCGGACUGCUAUGGGGCUAUGACUGGAUCAGCAUUCCCCUUGUUUAUACUCAGGUUGUUACGAUGGCUACAUAUGCCUUUUUUGUAGCAUGUAUGUUUGGUCGGCAAAAUGUGAACAUUGAAAGCGAUAAGCCUUCCUCACCUGAAGUGCAUCGAUAUGAUUAUUAUGUACCAAUUUUUACAAUUCUACAGCUCAUGUUCUAUAUGGGGCUUCUAAAGGUUGCGGAGCAACUGAUUAAUCCAUUUGGUGACGACGACGAAGAUUUUGAACUAAACUGGAUAAUUGACAGACAUAUGAAGGUUUCCUAUCUUGGAGUUGACACUCUGAACGGCACUCCUCCUCCGUUGGUGAAAGAUACCUAUUACGAUGAAUUAGAUGUUAAAAUUCCAUACACAGAAGCAUCUAAAAGCUACAAGAAGAAAACAUAUAGAGGAUCAGUUGCUUAUAUGCAAGUCCCGAUGGAGCAGCAAGGUAUGGUUCUACCAGAUAUGUCUGAAGAGGAAGAUGAUGGGGAAACAGUGAGCGAAGGCAUGGGGAUCAGGAGACCAUCUUUGUAUUCCUUGUUUCAAAGUCGUGGCAAAGGCGUGAGUCCAGCUGCUAGUUUCACCAACUUAGACAACCGGUCCAUUGCCUCUAUAGAUUCUGAAUGGAAGCGAUCUCUGCCGGAUCUUUCAACGGUUGACGUCAAAAAUGCUUCAGGUACCUUGGGGUUCAGUGAAAUUUCUCCUAAGCUCGUGGAUAUGGAUAAAGCAGAAGAUGACGAAAUCAUUUUGCAAGAGGUGAUAGUUGAACAAAACAAUAUCAGAGCACCAGCCGUGGUUAGAUCUAACAGCCUUCAAAUACCGGGAACUUCUAUAGGUCCCAAGAAAGAUACUUUGUCAAAAGUAGGCAUGCUUAUAGGUUUAAGUCCAAAAAUAGCGCCGAAGUUUCCUCGAGAAAAAUUGAAAAGCAUGUUUAAAAAGAGAAGGUUAUCAGCAGCCCUUCCUUUUCACAAAAUAAAGGGUGUUCGCUUUAGCAGGGAUACCAAAGACGAUGACGAAUCUGAAAGUGAAUCGCUGUUAAAUGUCAGUGAUCAUGAACCGCUUGAAGUAGCAAUCACUUUAUCGAGUCCAGAACUAACGGAAGCAGAGAAAGAAUCAGGAACACAUCCUUAUUAUUUUACUCAACAAACAAUAACAUCUUCAAAGCAACUACCAAUGGAAAGAGCUUUUAUUGUACGGCAAUCUAGCUUGACAAGAUCCGAAUCCGAAGAAGAAAAGAUAUCGAAAGCGCUUAAAAUUAAAUUGUGCAUACCUAGAACUAGUAGUUUGCCAAAUAUUCAACAAUCAGAUUCCAUAAUUCCAUACAUACGCGAUCCAAUAAUAGCAUCUUCGUUAAAGAAGAUAUCGAAAGUCGAACAGAAAAAGAAAUCAAAAAGGAAAACAAAACGUAGAAAAUCUCCUCCUUUGAAAUCCGAACCUUUUACAGAUGAUCCAUCAGAUCACAGCGAUAGAGAAAUGCCUGGUGACAAAGAAAUUGAAUCUGGCAGUGAUUCACCAUCAAGAAGAAAUACACUUCCUCAAAUAACUCUAACUAGGUGUGAUCACCAUGCAUCCGAACAUCUAGAUCUAGCAGUAUCACCGAAUCAUUCAAGUAGUUCCGAUUCUGGAAUGCAAGAAAGAACGCAAACGUCACCGUCACAACCAUCAAAAAUCGAAGAGAGCACACCAAGCACAUGCAUUGAAAAACCCUUAGAUCAGCAUUCCAAACCAAAGAGUGAUUCUUCAAAACAUCGGAAAAUCAAAGACAGUACAGUUCUGAAAGAGCCAAUUACGAAAAAAGAUGAACCCAGAACAGUAACACAAGAGCGUCCUCAAGGUUCAGUAAUUAUUCCCAUCGAAGACGAAGAAACUCCAAAAAUAUCACCAGGAGAAGCUCAAAAACACCAUUCCAGACCUUGUAAACCACCUACACACCUGAAACUUCAAAUAAAACCAGAUUCAAAAGAAACAGUUGAGUCAAAGGUAGAGUCCCCAGUAGGAGCUCUGAGAAAAGAAUCCCCUCAAUCGCCUGUUCGUUCACCUCUUUCAGAACCAUCAACAUCCCAGACUUAUAAAACAGUUGCUACAGGAAAGACCCCAGAGCUGCAUUCCAUGCCAACCUCAGUAGCUUCCGCACGUGAAAGUGCAUCAGCUUCCGACGGGAUACCGAAGAGAAAUCAACCUAAACGAAAAUCUCCUCCUCCACCAAGAAGAUCAUCGCCUUCUCCUAUACGACCAGAAACUCUGAGGUUUGCAACAAAGAGAGGUUCGGUUCCAUCCAAAAAAAUAGCUGGCAUUUCUCUAGCACCAACAAAACCCAAAAGUCCUUCUACUGACAUUCCCAGAGGUACAAAAGUAGAAAGAAGUACAUCAUUUCCUAAGCCCUCAAUAAAACUAACCACGCCUUCACAAAGCUCCCCUACGACAGAAAGUCCUUUAACUCCAGAAACUCCUACAUAUUUUGGAGCCGAGUCUUCGAAAGAUAUUCAGGAAAGUAAAGACCAGAAAAGUCGUCAGCCCCCGGAUGCUCCAAAGCGCCACAGACCACAUUCAAGUAGUAAGGAAAAGGAAUGAUUUUCACUGUACUGCAGAUAAAAGGCAGCAAAUUUGCCGGUCAAAACAGACUCAAAAGGAAGCAGCAGUUCCAAGAGCCGACUCCUCGUCACACUGAGCAAAAAGAGGCCGAAUACUCCUCUUAGAUGGGAAAUGAGGUUAUAACAAUCAAUAACCUCACUAAGUACAAUGCCAAAAUAUUUAUUUAUCCUUUUUGGCGGAUGAAGACAAUGAGAUCUUGUAUAACAUUAAAAAUCGGAAGAAUAUGUAAUUUUCAUACAUUGCUAUGGAAAUCAAUGUAAACGAGAAAGACAGCAAGAAAGCCAAGUACUUGAUAUUUUCAUUUUUCAAUGUUCGAUUCUCUGAGAUUUAAUCUAAAGUUGAGAAUUCCCAAACCCUCCGAGGAAGCAUAGCAAGGAAAGGAAUAGUUCAUUGUAUCAAACAAUGAAGCCAAUGAAGUUAAGAUGAAGAUGCUAUAAAAAAACGAAAAUCAGGGAUCUGAUUCAUUCCUUUCAAUGUGUGAAGUGUUCCUAGCAGAUAUAUGUAGUUUUUAUUAGUAUGCAGUAUGAGAACAACAAUCUUUAGGUCUCAACUGCAACAAUGGUCGAUGAAGAUAUAAAGGGAAGUUACCAGGAUUGUUAUCGAAGGACAGUCAAAAUGUUUCUUGUCUUUUAAAAUUUAUUUCUAUGUUAUUUAUAAUUUAAGACAAACAUAUUAAAAAAUAAAUCAAGAAUAAAAAAUUUGAAAAUAAA